AUGGCGCCUCUUACCAACUUCAAAAUCUCUCGCAAAAACUUACCCCAACUCCGCACCGAGGAUUUCGCUACUAUAACCAACAUCAAACACCUCGCCUCUUACAACUGGCUCGAAGCUCCUCCCUCAAAGCCCACAAUCGCCGUCCCAGGCAGUCCAGCCCUCUGGUCACCUCCCCCAGUACCUCGACCACUGAAAAAAGACUCCGGACUCGUAUACAUCGCACAGAACGCAGCACGACACCCAAGCUGUCCUCUUGAACCACUGUUCCGCGCGCUCUACCACACACAUCCCUCAUUCGACAUCCGAGAUAUCGAUAUCGUGAGCGACCGGAAUAACAUCCGCAGACUACUCUCGUUCAUCGAUCCUAGCACCAGUAGAAACGGCGCUGAGGGAUUUAGCAUCGAUGUCGAAGUCACAGCGAACACAGCGAUUUUCAACCGUAAUGAGACGAAAACUUCUGAGGUUAUUGGACCGAAUGAGUUCAGAGGGUAUGGUCAUGAGUUCGAGAAAGCAUACACAACGACCCAGAUACCGGGUAGUACUGGACACCAUCGGAUCAUCAGUUACAGCUUCAGCGAUCUGAAAAUGAUGAUCCGCUAUGAGACCGACGGAUACGUAGACACGGCUGCGAAUCCCAUCUCAUCGACCCCAAAGCCGGAGGAUGAUAUCGCAAGCUUAUUAGACAACUUAUCUCUCACCCCCAACUCUAGCAAACCCAAACUCACCGUCCAAACCAUAGGGACCCGCAUCUCGCACUCCAACACCUUCGAAAUCAAGACUCGCGUCCGUCACCGAACCCUAGAGUUCGACACCAUCGCUCCGCAAGUCUGGAUCUCGCAGACGCCGAUGCUAGUGCGUACGAACCAUGACUGCGGGACGUUCACGACGCCGGACGUCGAAGUUGCGAGACUGGGAGAAGGGGAAUCAGGAUGUGUUGAGGGGGUUGGCGGGGUUGAUGAGGGAGAUUGUGAGGAUUGUUAA